AUGGGACGCGUCAUCCGCAACCAGCGUAAGAGCGGCGGCAUCUUCCGCGCGCACACGCACCACCGCGUUGCGCCGGCCAAGCUCCGCGCGCUCGACUUUGCCGAGCGCAACGGCUACAUCCGUGGCUUGGUCAAGGAGAUUGUCCACGACCCGGGACGUGGUGCUCCCCUCGCCCGUGUCGUCUUCCGCGACCCGUACCGCUACAAGAUGCGCACCGAGACGUUCAUCGCGACGGAGGGCCUCGCAACCGGGUCCUUCGUCUACUGCGGGCGUAAGGCUACGCUCGCAGUCGGCAACGUUCUCCCCCUCGCCCAGCUCCCCGAGGGAACGAUCGUCUGCAACGUCGAGGAGAAGGCCGGAGACCGCGGCGCGCUCGCCCGCACCUCGGGCAACUACGCCACCGUCAUCGGACACGACGCCGACUCGGGCCGCACCCGCAUCCGUCUCCCCUCGGGCGCCAAGAAGUCGGUCGCGUCGUCUGCCCGCGCCACCAUCGGUAUCGUUGCCGGCGGUGGACGUAUCGACAAGCCCAUGCUCAAGGCUGGUCGUGCGUUCCACGCUGCCAAGGCCAAGCGCAACAACUGGCCGCGCACCCGUGGUGUCGCCAUGAACCCGGUCGACCACCCUCACGGUGGUGGUAAUCACCAACACAUUGGUAAGGCGUCGACUAUCAGCCGCCACGCCGUGUCCGGACAGAAGGCCGGUCUCAUCGCUGCCCGCCGCACUGGUCUCCUCCGUGGUUCGGUCAAGACCAAGGACGCUUAA